AUGGCCAGGUUUGCGGUCAAAUCUCUAGACCACUUAGUUUUAACUGUCCGCUCCAUUCCGGACACAGUUGCAUUCUACACAGAGCAUCUUGGUAUGCGACAUGAGAUCUUCACUUCGCCACUUAACCAUAGCAUCCAAAGACAUGCACUCGUGUUUGGCACCCAGAAAAUCAAUCUCCAUGAAUUCACCAGGGAGUUCGAACCAAAAGCUCAGAAUGUGCAGCCUGGAAGUACUGAUCUCUGCUUUUUGACUGAGAUGGAUGUGGACCAGGUGCUUCAAGCGUUUUAA